CUCAUACACGCAAGCAAUCGAGUGAGUGAAUCAAAGCUGAAUUGCAUACAUAUGUUUCAAAUUUUGUAAUUGGGAACUUUAGAACCCUAAAUCCUUUCACUUAAUUCAAUCCUUCAACAUGAGUAUGACUGAAUUCGCCAUGGUUGAGGAGUUGGCUUUUCUUGUGAAGGACAAUCUUCCUUGCAAGCAUCUAGUUCUUACAAUGGAAGAACUCUUGGUUAACUUUCUCCAGGCCGAGAACACAAGUUCAGAUGGGAUCUUGGAAUUGGAGCCAAUGAACCCUUACAACCGUCUUCUCUUACAUCGCCUUGCUGAGAUAUUUGGGUUUGCACAUGAAUCUGUUGGUGAAGGAGAAGAUCGCCAUUUGAUUCUGGAGAGAUGUCUAGAUACAGCUAUACCUUCAAUCCUUGUCAGUGAUAUCCUAUGGAAGUAUGAUGAUGAACCUCAAUCUUUGAUUGCAUCACACCAAAUAUUAAGGAGAAAAGAAGCCUCUCCUGUUUCGCAGACAAAUACCGCAUCCAUUCAGCAGACACUAGAGGAAAGAAAAGCAGCUUAUUUAGCUGCUCGUGAGCGGAUUUUUUCUAUGAGUUUGGAAGAUGCCAAAGAGCCGGACGAACAAAAGCCACGAAGCGUGCCAGUAGUUGCCCGCCGAAUGAUUGCGCAUGCACUAGGUCAAAGAAUCAAUACAAAGAAUCCAAAUGAGCCAGUUAGUGAUAGUAUCAAGGAAAGAGGGCUCGCCGAUGAAUCAAAUGCUAAAGAUAAGAACAGCGGAAAAUUUGAUCUGACAAAAGAUUCUGAAGUGUCUUUAUCCCUAAGAAGGAACUCAAACAGUAAAACAAACUACACUAGUAGUUCUAAUGCAGUUUUGCCGAAUAAAAGGAAUGACCGAACAGCAGUUGACAAAGGUUUGCCGCAAUCGUCUCAAAACGAAAAACAAGGGCCAAGUGUAAGCAAAGAGUACAUGAAAAAGGAGCACAUAGGAGCUGCAAAACGAAUGUUUGCUCAUGCUUUGGGAGUACACUCAGGGAAGGAUGUCUCUGUACCUAGAAAUGGAGGAAAAAAUAAGAAUUAGAACAGAAGUUUGUAAGAUCUUCAAAGAAGAAUGGUAAUCCAUUGCUCGCAAUGCACGUUGGCAGGUGCUUCGCAGGUUUCAAUCACAAUCAAGGAGAUUAGUAAUGAGGAUGCUUUACUCAAAAUUGUGAUACAUUAAGUUGAGAAGAUUCAUGCAAAUUUAUUAGUUCUUCCUUGGUUGUGCUGGAAUAACUUGCUAGCAGCCGAGUCAAAAGACAUCUCGAAUGAACCAUCCCAAAUUAUGUUUGACGUGUUUUCGUAUCUCAAAUGAACCAUCCCAAAUCGUGUUUGACCUGUCUUGGCGAUUGGAUGAAGCCGAGGGAACAGGUUAUGUUCAUUUAAACGUUGAAACAAGACAUGCAAUACCAAUUUCAUUCUAGUGUGUUUAUUUAUAUUCCAUGAGGGGAUAUAUUAUUUCAUUAUGUGGGAGAAAAGUGUUCAUUAGUGUGUUGUGUAUUAUAUAUAGUACUUCAAAUCACAAAAUUAUUCCUUAAUUUUAUUUUUUUCGCCUUUGUGACAAUUGCCAUAGUUACAGAAUCUUAGAGGUGAUGAAGUUGUUUGUUUGAGUUGAAUCUUAAAAAGUUACUAUUUGAUCU